GGAGCGAGGGAAGGAGAGGGAGAGGGAGCGAGGGAAGGAGAGAGAGAUGGGUCCAGCGGCGAAGGCGAAGGAGGGGGAGGUGGUCACUCCUGGGGAGGUGGUGGGCAAAGGCACGGAGGCGGUGGCGGGAAAGGGCUGCUACCUUUCCCCCCAUAACAACACCAUCUAUGCAUCCAUGACUGGUCGCUUUACCAGAUCUCCUUCUCCUCCUGGCUCCACAGAGAACAGACACGUUCUUGAAGUUGUGAGCGAUAAAGCAUGCGGUGUCGUUCCUGAACCUGGAUCCGUCGUGCUUGCUAGAGUAACAAAGGUGAUGGCUAGGAUGGCUUCGGUUGAUAUAAUGUGUGUUGGGCCUAAGUCUGUUAAAGAGAAGUUCUCGGGUAUUAUUAGGCAACAAGAUGUUCGAGCAACAGAAAUUGACAAGGUUGAUAUGCACUUAUCUUUUCGUCCUGGUGACAUUGUCCGGGCUGCUGUUCUGUCUCUUGGGGAUGCACGAGCCUAUUACCUUUCAACUGCAAAGAAUGAGUUGGGUGUGGUGUCUGCUGAAAGUAUUGCUGGUGCAACCAUGGUUCCUAUCACUUGGACGGAGAUGCAGUGUCCACUAACAGGUCAAAUUGAGCCGAGAAAAGUGGCCAAGGUAACUUAGGCAUUUUAUGUAAAAUGAUACUGCCUUUAGUGCGAGAUAUGAGUCAAUUUUUUUUGUUUCUUUUUGGAUACGACGACGAAACUUGUCUUGGAUGUUUACUGUCAAUAUUCCAAAGGUCUCCAUGGUUCUGAUAUCUCAUGAAUUAUCUUGGUUCUAA